UUUUCAGGUAGAAAGGGUCGUGGGGGAUCGCGGUCUUACCAUUUUGCUGAACAAUGCUGGAAUAGCCGUAAGCUACUCCACAUACCAGAAGCCAAAUCGUGCCGAUAUUAUCAAAAACUUUGAUACCAACGCUGCCGGUGUGGCCGUACUCACUCAAACAUUCCUUCCUUUACUACGUAAAGCUGCCGCGCAAGUCUCCACAAAUGAGUUUUCUGUUAAUCGAGCUGCAAUUCUCAGCAUUUCGUCGGAGGCUGGUUCAAUUGCUGGUAAUACAUCGGGCGGCAUGCUGGCCUACAGAAUCAGUAAGGUAAUUUCAACAAUGCGUUACACAGAUCUUCAGACAUCAAUAUUGUCUUUUAUAUAA